UCCACGCUGGGCUCUGCUCUCCGUAACAAACUCCCCAGGGGCUUUUCGCCCCUGACCUCGUAACCCACGUUAGUAAUUAGGGCGCGAGUGAGGAUUCGGGUGGCCCCUGGGUGACAGCCAGUAAGAUUCUUAGCCUUCCUGGUUCGGGAAAGGGAAAGAAUUCGGGAGGGGUAGGAUUUUUUUUUUUUCCCGGUAGGAUAGGUGGGGAAAAGACCGCUGCCUGUGUGUCCCUCUUUUGGACUAAGGUGUCUCUGUUGCUCCAUAAAUAAAACGUCUCACUGCCUUCUGCGAGCGCUAUAAAGGCGGCGGAACGGCUGUCCCGGGGGCAUUCCGGGCCGGACUUGAGCCGAAGCAGGUCAUGGCAGCGCCGGGCGGCAGGUUGGAGCCGCCGCCGCUCCCCGAGUACAGCUGCAGCUACGUGGUGUCGCGGCCGGUCUACAGCGAGCUCGCCUUCCAGCAGCAGUACGAGCGGCGCCUGCAGGAGCGCAAGACGCUGCGGGAGAGCCUGGCCAAGGGCUGCAGUUGUUCAAGAAAGAGAACCCUUGGUGUGCUGAAGACUCUCCUGCCCAUCUUGGACUGGCUCCCCAAAUACCGGAUCAAGGAAUGGCUGCUUAGUGAUACCAUUUCGGGAUUUAGUACUGGGCUAGUAGGGACACUGCAAGGCAUGGCGUAUGCUCUACUAGCUGCUGUUCCUGUUGGAUAUGGUCUCUACUCUGCUUUUUUUCCUAUCCUGACAUACUUUAUCUUCGGAACAUCAAGACACAUCUCAGUUGGACCUUUCCCAGUGGUCAGUUUAAUGGUGGGAUCUGUUGUUCUGAGCAUGGCCCCCGACGAACACUUUCUCAUGUCCAGCAGUAAUGGAACUACACUGAAUACCACCGUGAUAGACUCUGCAGCUAGAGAUGCAGCAAGAGUAUUGAUUGCGAGCACCCUUACUCUUUUGGUUGGAAUCAUACAGUUGAUAUUUGGAGGUUUGCAGAUUGGAUUCAUUGUGAGGUACCUGGCAGAUCCUUUGGUUGGUGGAUUCACAACAGCUGCUGCCUUCCAAGUGUUGGUCUCACAGCUAAAGAUUGUCCUCAAUGUUUCAACCAAAAACUAUAAUGGAAUUCUCUCCAUUAUCUAUACUCUAAUUGAGAUUUUUCAAAAUAUUGGUAACACUAAUCUUGCUGAUUUCAUUGCUGGAUUACUCACCAUUAUCAUCUGUAUGGCAGUUAAGGAAUUAAAUGAUCGAUUUAAACACAAAAUCCCAGUCCCUAUUCCUAUAGAAGUGAUUGUGACAAUAAUAGCUACUGCCAUUUCAUAUGGAGUUGACCUGGAAAAAAACUAUAAUGCUGGCAUUGUUAAGUCCAUCCCAAGUGGGUUUUUGCCACCGACAAUUCCGUCUGUGAGUUUGUUUUCUGAGAUGCUGACUGCAUCAUUUUCCAUCGCUGUGGUCGCUUAUGCCAUUGCAGUGUCUGUAGGAAAAGUAUACGCCAUCAAGUAUGAUUACACCAUCGAUGGGAACCAGGAAUUCAUUGCCUUUGGGAUCAGCAACAUCUUCUCUGGAUUCUUCUCUUGUUUUGUGGCCACCACUGCCCUGUCCCGCACUGCCGUCCAGGAGAGCACUGGGGGAAAGACACAGGUUGCUGGCAUGAUCUCGGCUGGGAUUGUGAUGAUCGCCAUCGUUGCCCUGGGGAAGUUGUUGGAACCCUUGCAAAAGUCGGUCUUGGCAGCUGUUGUAAUCGCCAACCUGAAGGGGAUGUUUAUGCAAGUGUGUGACAUUCCUCGUCUGUGGAGGCAGAAUAAGACUGAUGCUGUUAUCUGGGUGUUUACGUGCGUAGCAUCCAUCAUUCUGGGGCUGGACCUCGGUUUACUAGCUGGCCUUAUAUUUGGAUUUCUGACUGUGGUCCUGAGAGUUCAAUUUCCCUCAUGGAACAGCCUUGGAAGUAUCCCUAGCACAGACAUCUACAAAAGCACAAAGAAUUACAAAAACAUUGAAGAACCUGAAGGAGUGAAGAUUCUGAGAUUUUCUAGUCCUAUUUUUUACGGCAACGUUGAUGGUUUAAAAAAAUGUAUCAAGUCCACAGUUGGAUUUGAUGCCAUUAGAGUGUAUAAUAAGAGGUUGAAAGCACUGAGGAAAAUACAGAAACUCAUCAAAAAAGGGCAAUUAAGAGCAACAAAGAAUGGCAUUAUAAGUGAUGCUGGUUCAUCGAAUAAUGCUUUUGAGCCUGAUGAAGACAUUGAAAAUCCGGAAGAAUUUGAUAUUCCAACCAAGGAAAUAGAGAUUCAAGUGGAUUGGAACGCUGAGCUUCCAGUCAAAGUGAAUGUUCCUAAAGUGCCAAUCCAUAGCCUCGUGCUUGACUGUGGAGCUGUCUCUUUCCUGGAUGUUGUUGGAGUGAGAUCAUUGCGUGUGAUUGUCAAAGAAUUCCAAAGAAUUGAUGUAAAUGUGUACUUUGCAUCACUUCAAGAUCAUGUGAUAGAAAAGCUGGAGAAAUGUGGUUUCUUUAAUGAUAACAUCAGAAGGGACAUAUUCUUUUUGACUGUCCACGAUGCUGUCCUCCAUCUCCAGAACCAGGUGAAAUCCCAAGAGGUUCAAGAUUCCAUUUUAGAAACGAUCACCCUCAUCCAAGACUGUAAAGAUCCUCUUGAAUUAAUGGAAGCAGAGCUGAUUGAAGAAGGACUUGAUGUCCAAGAUGAGGCUAUGCGAAGACUUGCUUCCUGAAACUGGGCUCAGGAGGUCGCUCUAAGCAAGGACUGCAAGGCAAAUUUUACCCACCACGUAAUUCUAUGCAAAUAUUUUCUGCAUUGACUAUUUUCUUCAAACUUGAAACACUCAUUCUUUUCCAUUAGAUUUUUUUAAAUCUUUGAUUUUUUUUUUAACCUCUUAACCACUGAAAGAAAAGCACUAAGAUUGUUUCUAGGCUUUAUUUAUAAAAUGAGUAGCUUACUUCUAAAAUGUGCAAAAUGGUGAAGAAAAAAAUUUAGCAAUGUCCAGGAUCUGAGGAUAUUAUGCUGCUGUUCUCCACAACAGAUCUGCUGACAAUGUUCAUGUGGGUACACGUGUACCUCUGUGCAGCUGGGGCAAGUGUCACCCAACACAGGCUCUGUGGGCAGGCAGGUGAGGCAGGAAUGAUUAUCCUAUAGAAAAAUCUAUUUCUGACUGACCUUGAUACCCAUGAGCUAAACUGAUCACAGUGAGUAAAGGUUGAAAUAUAAUUAUUAAUGUACUUAACAAUAAAUGCCUUUAAAAACUCCCUUUGGUAAAUGCAUCAAAAAAAGGUUUUAAGAAUGCAAAUUUGGUUAGUACUUAGUAAUGUAGUAUUACUAUAUGUGACCAGAUAUGUAACCAGAAUUCAGAAUAAAGGAAAUGGUUCAGUUAAAAGCUAUAGAAUUGGGCUGAUACAUUUUAGAAACACUGACUCAGAGAAGUGAAGUGAUAAGAUUACUGUGGUUUAUAGAAAUCACUUUUUGAUAUAAUAAUCAAGGAUCACAAAUAAGAUGUAGUAAAACAUACGGCACUAUCUUUAGUUGAAAAAUGCAGUUUUAACUUAUCUUAGUUUAUAGAAAUGGUCAUUGUGUAGAGUAUAUUUAAGUAUGGUCUAUUUAAAAUCUAACAUAAAAUUUGUGUUAUUUUGAACAAAAAAUCAAUUUUGUUUAUAAGACCAUGGUGAUUAAAACAAGUUUAUGUUUUACUUUAAAAAUUUAGCAUUAUGUGAAGUGAUCUUUAACUGAAUUCUAAAUACCUUCCAAAAAACAUCUAAAAAGUGAACUGCUUAUAUAUAUAUGUAUAUAUAUACACAUGUAUAUAUAUACAUAUAUAUACUGAUUGAGACAAAACAUUCUAAAUGAACUCAAUAUCAAACGAAAAAAGUUGGUUUGGAAUACACACAUUGAAAGUAUAUGUUUUUAAAAAUCCAUAUGUUAAGCCCAAAAUAUUUUUUACUUAACCUUUUCUGAGUGCCAACAAUUUUCUAGGCAUUGUAUAUAAUACUUAGGCUUUGGUCCUGUGGACUAGUCCCGUGUAUUUCACGCUGGAGUGAAUGAAGUUGUACUUCUAGAGAAAAAUACUCAGGUCCUCAACUGAGGCAAUGUCUUAAGUUGACAGAGAAUGAUAUCGCACCUUUGGCAGAGAUGUGUGAAAUUCCCAAAUGUGUUUGGCUGUCUAAAGGCAGCAUGUCUUAUCUCUGUUUUUCUUCUUAAAUACUAUCAGAAAUAAAGUCUCUAUCUACUUCUGCAGGAAUAUCAUUAGUGAUCAUAUCAAAUUGGUUGACUAAAAGCAUUAUUUUCCUCCCUCCAUCCCCAUACUACAUACCAGAAUUUCAGGGAGUUGUAGUGGAUUGUGAUGUUAUAAUAGUCUUUUAUGCUCGUGGGUUAUACUGUCUUUAAUAGAUGUGGAACAGAUUUCUCCCUAUGUUUGGUACAGCAUAACCAGGAUUAUAAUGUUAUCUCAUUUUUAUAGUAAUACCUGCCUAUAAUGGCAACAAAUCAUAUCUCUAAAGAGUGAAUAUAAUAGUCUUGCAGAAAAUGGAUGAAUACCUCUGUUCAAUAGAGGAAAUACGCACUGCUCUUUUCUUUUUUUUAAUUAGUUGAAGGAAAUAUCAAAGUUACAUUUUAAAGGCUAGAGUUUUGUAAAAUCUUGGGUCCAUUUGUGGCUGUAUAAGACUACAGUCUUUGACUUGUUUCCCGAGCACACUCUAGUAAUACUUUCUCUUUCCUGCAUUUUGUGAAUAGUAAACAGACUUCUAAUUCUAUAUUGUCAAUGGAAAUUUUACUUGAAAUUAAAGCUUUUGUUAUGUUUUUAACCUUGAGGAUAAAAUUCCACUAUUGUAUAUGAAAAGUGAAAAAAAUCAAAUCAUGUACACUUGGAAAUAUUUGCACAUAUUUUUUAUGAAAAGUAAUGUUGCCUUUUAAGCUAUUCUGAUGUGUCGCUUCCGAACAAACUAUUAAAUUUUAAA